GAGGGAAAUCUGGGGGGAGGGAAUGGUAGGAGGAAGAGGGAGUGGUCCAAGGGACUGAGGAGGAAGUAGAGAUAGAGGAGGGAGUGGUUCAUCUGGAGAGGUGUGUGUGUGUGUGUGUGUGUGUGUGUGUGUGUGUGUGUGUGUGCGUGUGUGUGUGUGUGGAGAUGGGAGGGAGUCCAUGAGCUUGUAGUUGGGGAAAGUGACUGGGGUUGACUGAGCAUCUGUUCGCUCUCUGGACUGACUGACAGGAGGAGUGACUAGAAAAUCGCCGUCGGCUGGAUGGCAGAUGACACGGUGUCGGCCAGCAGCAACAUGGACAUGGAGGACAGAGUGUCCCACCUGGAGCAGAGGCUGCAGCUGCAAGAGGACGAGAUCCAGCUGCUGAAGGCGGCUCUGGCCGACGCUCUUCGUCGCCUCGGUUACUGCGAGGAGCAGAGCCACGGGCCGCAUGCAGGGGGCGCUCACGCUGGCAGGAGGCCGCUUACCGCUGCUGCCCCAACACCGUCCACCAAGGUGCGUCAGCUCCUGCAGGCUCUUCCCUCCAGGCCUCUGAGUAACGGCUACGUUCAACAGAAACGCCUCCUGUCGUCGCCGUCGUCGCCAAAGAAAGAGGUGCUGCAGUCCAUCAAGAGGAAGAGCAUGUCCACAGAAAGACUUACCCUGGUCCGCAGAGAGAUGGCAGCAGAGAGUCGGAGUCGGACCACGUCCUCCAGCAGCUCCUCUGGUGGGAAAAGUAAAUCCAAAGAAUGCACCUACAAUGCAGAGGACGGCUACGUGAGGAUGUUCCUCCGCGGUCGUCCCGUCACCAUUCACGUCCCAGACCAGCAGCGGGACGGUUUCAGCCUGGACCAGAAGGUGGCGCUGCCGGAGAAAAAGCUGAAGCUGCAGUGGGUCUACGGCUACCGCGGCCGCGACUGCCGCUGCAACCUCUACCUGCUGCCCACCGGGGAGAUUGUGUACUUCAACGCUUCGGUGGUGGUUCUGUACAACACGGAGGAGCAGCAGCAGAGACAUUACCUGGGACACAACGACGACGUCAAAUGCCUGAGCGUUCAUCCUGACAUGGUCACCAUAGCGACGGGUCAGGUGGCUGGAAACUCCAAGGAUGGAAAGCUUCUCGCGCCUCACGUUCGGAUCUGGGACUCGGUGAGCCUCAACACGCUGCAUGUGAUCGGCAUGGGCGCGUUCGACAGAGCCGUCACCUGCGUCUCUUUCUCCAAGUCGAACGGCGGCUCCUUCCUCUGUGCUGUGGAUGACGCCAACGAUCACAUCCUGUCAGUCUGGAACUGGCAGAAAGAGAAACAACUCGCUGAAGUGAAGUGCUCCAACGACUCUGUGCUGGCUGCCGUGUUUCAUCCCAUGGACACGAAUCUGAUCGUCACCUGUGGAAAGUCGCACAUCAACUUCUGGACCAUGGAGGGAAACUCGCUCACCAAGAGGCAGGGGCUGUUUGAGAAACACGAGAAACCAAAGUACGUUCUGUGUGUGGCCUUUGCUGAAAACGGCGACGCCAUCACAGGAGACUCCAGUGGGAACCUCUACAUCUGGGCCAAAGGCGGUAACCGCAUCAGCCAGGUGGUGUCGGGCGCACAUGAAGGCGGCAUCUUCUCCGUUUGCGUCCUGAAGGACGGUACCAUGGUGUCCGGAGGCGGGAAAGACCGCAAGGUGGCGCUGUGGGACCGCAACUACAGGAAGCAGGCGGAGAUGGAGGUGGGCGAGUCGCUCGGCCCGGUCCGGGCUCUGGCUGAGGGGAAACCAGGUGAGCUGUUCGUCGGAACCACCAAGAACGCCAUCGUCAGAGCGGCCUUCCCCGACACCCUGACCCCCAUCGUACAGGGCCACACAGACGAGCUGUGGGGUCUGGACGUCCACCCCUCCAUGGACCAGUUCGUUACCUGCUCUCAGGACAAGCAGGUCCACCUGUGGGACACCAGCACCCACCAGCCGCUCUGGAGCAAGACCGUGGAGGAUCCAGCAAGGUCUGCAGGUUUCCAUCCCAGUGGCGCCGUUCUGGCUGUGGGAACCAUGACUGGAAGGUGGCUGGUGCUGGACACCGACACCCGGGAUUUAGUUUCUAUGCACACAGACGGCAACGAGAUCAUCUCAAACGUCAAAUACUCUCCAGACGGUAACUUCCUGGCUGUUGCUUCCCAUGACAACUUCGUCUACAUCUACGCUGUGAGCGAGAACGGCAAGAAGUACAGCCGCGUGGGGAAAUGCACCGGUCACUCCAGCUUCGUCACCCAUCUGGACUGGUCUGCAGACAGCCAGUACCUCGUCACCAACUCAGGAGACUACGAGAUCCUCUUCUGGGAGGCAUUCAGUGGUAAACACGUGACCAACAUGGACACGGUGCGCAACCUGGAGUGGGCCACCUCCACCUGCACUCUGAGCUUCAACGCCUUCGGAAUUUGGCCAGACGGAGCCGACGGCACGGACAUCAACGCCGUUUGCAGGUCACACGAUGGCUCCCUGAUGGCCUCUGCUGACGACUUUGGCAAAGUGCAGUUGUUCUCCUUCCCCUGCUCCCAACCAAGGGCUCCGAGUCACGAGUACGGCGGCCACAGCAGUCAUGUGACCAACGUCGCCUUCCUGCACGACGACAGUCACCUGAUCUCCACCGGCGGGAAAGACACCAGCAUCCUGCAGUGGGUCGUUGCCUAGGCAACGCUCUGUCCAAUCCCCCUUCUCCCCCCCCCCUCCCGCAUCACCGGAUUACCCUUCCCCGCCAACAGGUGGCAGCACCCUCUGUGCCUACGGCUGCGUAACCAACCUGACCGACCCACAGAUGUCCAAUCAGAACCGUGUGAAACGGAAGAGAAAAUGUAACAUCAUGGCUGACCUGUGACCUCUAGCGCUAGUACUUCCUGUGCCUGAACUGUGUUCGUUUCGACCCCCUUUAACAGGAACUCCACCUGAUUUCAUUUGGGACGCAUGCGGCUCCUUUGUGUUCCAGAGCGGUUCUGAACGCCCGGGUUCGGGUUCGUUUCUGUUGAGUGAAGCAAACUUCAGAGGUUUCUGCGUCAUGUGGCGCGAGUUGAUGCAAAAACCUUGGAAGAAACGUCGUCCUUCCACAGAAUCAGAGGAUUUGUUGAAGCUCAAACGGAGUCUGAGUGAAGUUGGCCAACAGAAUCGGUGCCGAACGUUUGUGCAACAAAAAAAUUGGUUUUUCCUUUGAAGAUGUUAAAGUUUAAAGACCCACUCCCUCAUUACCCAGAUCUAGUAAAAUUGGAGUCAAAUGUUUGUGCUACGUUUGUGCCGCUAUCAAAUUAAAAUUUCACAAGAUCAAACAAAUUCUAUGUUAAUUGACCGCAGCUACGUUUGUGCAGCAAAAUUUUAAUUUGUGCUGCUUUUGCUUUGAAAGAGUUUCCAGAUGAUGACAUCUGGAAACUCUUUGAUCAGUACCUUUAAAAUGAUGGCGGCGCAAACGAACAUUACUGCUGCACAAACGUUUGACUCCAAUUUUGUUAGAUUUGAAGAAGUUGGCCAACUUCAGGCAGGCCUAACGUCUGAUUGCCACUCUGAACAUGCACAAGUUUCUCCUUUAAACACACAAAACUGGUUCCUCCUUUAAACUUGAAAUAAACUCUUGCAGGGAUUUAGCAGUCGAAUGUAACGACCAACAUCUUAAAGUCCAAAGUCGUAGAGACCUGUGUGCGUUUCUGUCUUUUAAAUGAAACGGGUGGAGUUCAGAUACUUCAGAAAAAACCCAGGACGACGCCGUCACCUUCUUCUUUUCCACUUCGGGUCCCAGGAAUCGUUUGAUCUUCCCUUGAAUGUUCUUGUUUGGCUUUUGGAGAAGAGAUGCGAAGCGCCCGUUUCAUUUCACGCUGCUGUUUGAUUGUACUACUGUAACCAUGCUGGGCAAGCACUAGGUGGCGCUGCAGUGCAAGAAAAGGAGCAUGACUGAGGCUGCCCUCCUGCUGUAGAUGCUCUUAAUAAUGUCUGUAAACUUUGUGCUCCACAGUAGAUUUGAGUGUUAUUUUAAUAUUUAUCUCUAACAGUCGUGGAUGUUACUGAUAUAAUCUUGAGCUGUGGACACAACCAUGAUGCUGUGCUGUUGCAGUGAGCUUAAGCUGUGCUUCGCCUUCGGUUUUGGUAAUAAAUAUUCCUUUUUUAAUCUGAAUGUUCUGGAGGAAUUUUAUUUUAUUUUACACUGUAAACAAUUUAAAAAUAAUCUUGAAUAAAAUGGAGAAAUGUUGAGCCUAA